AUGCCGUGCGGUAGGUGUGGGUGGCGCUGUGUGCUGGGAGCGCUGGGCAGGUUAGAUCCGACCUGAUUGUGUAUUCUGGCGGCGUUGUGCGGGCGCAGGGUUGGAUUGAUCUAGUUCUAGUAUUUGCUGUAGCGUUAAAGAGAGGGGGGAGGUCGAUGCGAUCGGGAAUGUGAAUCACAUCACCGGAGUGUACAAAGUGAAAAAAGAAAAUCACUGCUAAGGUUAUUACAGUCUUGGGAGAAAAUAUAAGACAUUUUUUCAUGAGAUCAUCAAUAGCUACUGAGUGACAAAAUUAGAACGAAGGGAUACGCAAACUUUGGUCAAAGAAAACUUCUCUUUGUAAACAUUUUUAAACAAUAAAGCCGUGGAGAGACGUUUGUUUCUCCCACGUUUUCGGCAAAGGUACUUAUUUCUGAGAAGCUGAAUUCAAGGUAGUUUUCUUUAUACAGUGUACAGAAUUUUGGAGCGACGGAUUUUUCUGCUGUCUGCAAUUAAUUGGAAGCGUCUCGGUUUUUUCCCUCAUGUUUUUGAGAAGGCUCUGACUGAAGCGCGAUACUUUUGAACGUGGCUUUUGUGGAAUUGCUUUUAUAAACUCGAUAGGCUAUUCUGUCUGUUUGGAAAAGGGAAAACUUAACAACCCCCUUGUCUGCUUUGAAGCUCUCGUUUCUGGAGACCGAGGAUCUACAGUUUAUUCGACAUUUUAAUAACAUUUUUUAAGGAUUUCAAUCGCUUUGAGUUCGGACCAGAAAAAAAGUGCCGGGGUUCCUGGUCGGAGGUCUGGACGUCCCGCAGCUGAUGCGAUGAAGUGCCCUGCGGACCGUGCCCCACAGCAAUAGAGCUAGCCGCCCACCCCACCCUUCUCCGGGGAUGUUUCCUUGGAGCCUCCUUCUCUUGUGGGCCCUGUUGGCCCAGGCCAAUCGUACACAGGCACGGCCAUCCGUCAGUGAGCAAGUCCCGCCGGACGCGCGAGUGGAGACGUACGUGGUGCGCCCCGGAGAGUCCUUGGAGCUACGCUGCAACAUGCGGGACGACAUGACCAGUGUGAACUGGACCAAGGACCGCGUGGCCCUACUGGGAGGAGAGCACAUCCACAUCAUGCCAGGUCAGCUGGAGAUCCAGAACACGGAGCUUGGCGACUCGGGGCUGUACUCCUGCGAAGGCAUCGGACCCCUGGGCAGCGAGACCACCUUCUUCUCCGUCAACGUCUCAGCCGACGCUCAUCCUUCCUCGGAGGACGAGGAGGAUGACGACUCUUCCUCGGAGGAGAAGGAAGGGUCCAGCAGCCAGAAGCAGAUUCCGGUGCUCCCGUUCUGGGCCAUGCCCGACAAGAUGGAAAAGAAGCUCCACGCCGUGCCGGCUGCCAAGACGGUGAAGUUCCGAUGCCCAGCGAAGGGCAGCCCCACCCCUAGCCUGCGCUGGCUGAAGAAUGGCAAGGAGUUCAAGCCUGACCACCGCAUCGGAGGCUACAAGGUGCGGGAGCACACCUGGAGCAUCAUCCUGGACUCGGUGGUGCCCUCAGACAAGGGCAACUACACCUGCAUGGUGGAGAACAAGUAUGGGAGCAUCAACCACACAUACCAGCUGGACGUAGUGGAGCGUUCUCCACACAGGCCCAUUCUUCAGGCCGGUCUGCCCGCAAACAGGACCGCCGUACUGGGCAGCGAUGUGGAGUUCACCUGCAAGGUGUACAGCGACCCCCAGCCCCACAUCCAGUGGCUGAAGCACAUGCAGAUCAACGGCAGCCGAUUGGGGCCGGAUGGGAAUCCCUUUGUCCAGGUUCUCAAGCACUCCGGGAUUAAUAGUUCGGACGCGGAAGUGCUCAGCCUGUACAAUGUCACCGAGGAGGAGAGUGGAGAGUAUAUUUGUAAAGUGUCCAAUUAUAUAGGAGAAGCCAACCAGUCUGCGUGGCUAACGGUCACCAGGCCCGAGGCAAGAGCGGACCCUCCCCCCCAGCCCGUCUCAAACCAGCUCUAUCUUGAGGUGCUUAUCUACUGCACUGGAGCCUUCCUCAUCUGCUGCAUGGUGGUCAUUGCCAUCAUCUUCAAGAUGAAGAGCAGCGCCAAGAAGAGUGACUUCAACAGCCAGCUGGCUGUGCACAAGCUAGCCAAGAGCAUACCGCUGCGCAGACAGGUGUCGGUUGGCUCCAGCUCCUCCAUGCACUCUGGGGUGAUGCUGGUGCGCCCCUCUCGCCUCUCCUCCAGCGGGACCCCCAUGCUCCCUGGGGUGUCUGAAUACGAGCUGCCAGAAGACCCCCGCUGGGAGUGUAACAGAGACAGGCUGGUGCUGGGAAAGCCGCUGGGCGAGGGCUGUUUCGGUCAGGUGGUGAUGGGAGAGGCCUUGGGAUUGGACAAGGAGAAACCCAACCGGGUCACCAAGGUGGCUGUCAAGAUGCUGAAGUCGGACGCCACAGAGAAGGACCUGUCUGACCUGAUAUCUGAGAUGGAGAUGAUGAAGAUGAUUGGCAAGCACAAGAACAUCAUCAACUUGCUGGGUGCCUGCACUCAGGACGGCCCCCUCUAUGUGAUUGUAGAGUACGCAGAAAAGGGAAAUCUGCGGGAGUUUCUGCGUGCACGGCGCCCCCCGGGGAUGGAGUACUGCUAUAACCCCGACCAGGUCUCUGAAGAGUACAUGUCUAUCAAGGACCUGGUCUCCUGUGCGUAUCAGGUGGCCCGCGGCAUGGGGUAUCUGGCCUCCAAGAAGUGUAUCCACAGGGACCUGGCUGCUCGCAAUGUGCUCGUCACCGAGGAGAACGUCAUGAAGAUAGCAGACUUCGGUCUGGCCCGAGACAUCCACCACAUUGAUUACUACAAAAAGACCACCAACGGCCGUUUGCCUGUUAAGUGGAUGGCUCCGGAGGCCUUGUUUGACAGAAUAUACACGCACCAGAGCGAUGUAUGGUCGUUCGGGGUCCUGCUGUGGGAGAUCUUCACCCUGGGGGGCUCGCCGUACCCCGGGGUCCCGGUCGAGGAGCUCUUCAAGCUGCUCAAAGAGGGUCACCGCAUGGACAAGCCCACCACCUGCACCCAUGAGCUGUACAUGAUGAUGCGAGACUGCUGGCAUGCUGUCCCCUCACAGAGACCCACCUUCAAGCAGCUGGUUGAAGACCUGGACCGCAUCCUCAUCAUGGCCUCCAAUCAGGAUUACCUGGAUCUGACUGCCCCUCUGGAUCAAUACUCCCCCAGCUACCCAGACACUCGCUGCUCCACCUGCUCCUCCGGGGAAGACUCUGUCUUCUCACAUGACCCCCACGUGGAGGAGCCCUGCCUGCCCAGGUUACCUCCGCAGCAAAACGGGGUGGGCUUCAAGAAGCGCUGAGCCGCCCCUCUCCAGACCCUCACACUGAACCCUGGAGCACAGCGUCCAUCACACAGCCAAUCUUGGGAUCUGUUUGUGAACACUAGAAAAUGUUUUGUACGCUUUGAACAACGGAUCACCAAAUGAAAUUCUGGGAUGAAAGAAGUACCAGUUUUUUGUUUUUUUUGUUUUUUUUUUGCUUAUGGGACCAGUUCAGGAAGGAUGCUAUUUGGACUCUUCAAGAAGCUCCAGAACUGAGCCAUGCACUCCUGCGUUCGUACGGGACGGUGUUGAAAAUGGACCGCAAAAUCCCGGGACGUCUUCAGAGGAAGAGACGUGCCUGUGUCAAUAUUUCACUUCUUAAAAUGUUAUUUUUUAAAACGAAAUGUUUUUGUUUUGCUUCGCAAAAAACCAAGGAAUGGCCCGACGGCAGCCUUUCUCAUGUUUAAUUUUAUUAUUUUUAUAUAUAUUUUUUUUUUAUAAAAGCGUAGAGCACUGCACAGACUGCCAAAACCCCCUGGUGCUUACGCCUUUGUAAAUACAGUUAGAAAAUGUAUAAAUAUGAAUAUAUAUUUACACUGUACUCCAAUUUAUUUCUUGGUAAAAGGCAACAGACUUCUCCUAACCAUUUUUUUAAAAAUAUUUUCUUUAAAACAAACAAAAAAAAUUGUAAAUGGAUUAGCAGGUGCUGAAACUGUGCUACUCCUUCUAUUGAUCAUGAACUGGCCAGUUGUUGUCAGUAGUUUUGCCUUGUCUUGAUACGCACUGCAAUUUCCAAUACAGCUGUUACUCUCA